UAUGGGUUAAGCAUGCGUAAUUUAAUCGAUAUUUUGUACAAACAAAUACAGUUUAUUUUAAAACAGCUAGAGAACACGCGUUUACUAGUUUUCACUAGACUUGAUUAACUUUGUUACAUUUUUAGUUAUUGUGAUAUAUAAUAUGGAAAAUUACUCAUUGUUAAAGAAUAUUCAGGGGGAUAAUGGUAAUCCAGACGUUAUUUUUGACACUUGUUUGAACGAAGAAAGGAAUAGCAGUUUUCCGACAGCAGACGAUAGACAUAAUCCGACACGCAAAAGAAGAUCUCAACGAUCUGGCGCUGAUUUAGAUAUCCAACAUAAUUUACCCGAACUUCCCACGGGGAAAGACAAAUAUUUUUUCGUUUCUUACAGUAGUGAAGAUAGUGAUCGUGUUUGGUCGUAUGUGGAGGAUCUGGAAAAUCGUUUCAAAUUACCAUGUGUAUAUGCGAAUCGGGACUUUCAGCCGGGGAAAAACACUCAAGAAUGUAUCAAAGAAGGAAUGGCGAGAUCUUUUAAAGUUCUUUUGUUCCUGACUCCAAAUUUUCAUCAAAGUGAUUGGUGUUAUCAUGAGAAAGAAUAUGCUUUCGCGUGCUCUGUUGAGAAAAGGACGAAUUUCAUUAUUCCUGUAAAACUUGAGGAAUGUGAAAUACCUUCGGCACUAAUGCCAUUGACCUAUGUUGAUGCGACGGACCCCAACAGUGAUGUUCCUGCGAAGAUAGCAUCGGCUUUGAUUGACACUGAGACAUGUAAGUAAAUUCGUUUCAAAUAUUUUACUUGUAGA